CUUGACUAAGGCCUUUCGUUGAGCAUUAUCAUUUUUAUUUAUAUAUACAUCAAGUACAUACAGGGCCAAAAUGCUUUAUUCAAAGGAGUGAGCUCAGAUGGGGAGAAACUGUAUUUCAAGUCACAGAAGCUGAAGGGAUGAAGAAAAUGCAUUGAUAAGUUAGAUGUUUACAAAAUUGUGUGCAAGGUGAACAUUUUAAUAGGCCUCUGAACAAAAGUAUUACGAAGGAUAUAACAGACCUCUUGGUUGGCACCGCUGUAAGAACUUCACCCUACUUGGAUCGGGGGGAAUGUCCCUGUACUUACUGACCUGAACAUGUGGGGAAAAGCUAUCUGUGGUGUGAUUGCAGCCGUGCUGCUGUCCGUGGCGUGUGCCGCCCCUCAUGAGGGGGACCACGGGGGCCACAGCGAGGACCACCACCACCACCUCCACCACGGCCCCAACGAGCCCCACCACUCCCAUGGACAAGGGGAGGAUGCCUGCCACAAGCUCUCCCCCCACAAUGCAGACUUCGCCAUGGCGCUCUACAGGUCCCUGAGUGCCAGGCCUGACGUCAAAAAUGUAUUUUUCUCCCCCUUGGGCAUCGCUAACGCACUCUCCAUGCUGUCGCUGGGAGCCAAGGGCGAGACCCACAGCCAGAUCUUCUCCACACUGGGCUACUCCAAGCUGACCCCGGAGCAGGUCAACGAAGCCUACGAACACCUCCUCCACAUGCUGAGUCACGCUAAGGACACCAUGCUGCUGGACAUGGGGAACGCUCUGGCCAUGAGGGACGGCUUCAAGACCCAAGAAAGGUUCCUGAACGACGCCAAGCACUUUUACUCCAGCGAGGCCUUCAAUGUCAAUUUCAAGAAAACGGAGCAGGCUGCGGCUCAGAUCAACAAGUUCAUCGCUCAGAAGACGCAGGACAAGAUCACGGACAUGGUGCAGGGGCUGGACCCUGAUACCGCCAUGGUGCUGAUUAACUACGUCCUCUUCAGAGGAAAGUGGGAGAAGCCAUUUGAAGCUAAACUGACGGAGAAGGCCUCCUUCCAGGUGGAUGAGAACACCAAGGUUGAGGUGGACAUGAUGAAGAGGACGGGCCGCUUUGACUUCUUCCAAGAUCCAGACAACUUCACCAGCGUCAUCAUGCUGCCCUACAAAGGCAACACCUCCAUGAUGGUCAUCCUGCCCGACCAAGGCAAGAUGAAGACUGUAGAGUCGUACCUCAACAAGGACUACAUCAAGCACUGGCACGACUCAAUGUUCAGAAGCUCGGUGGAUCUGUUCAUGCCUAAGAUCUCCAUCUCUGCUUCCUCCUCGCUGGGCGACAUUCUAAAGAACAUGGGCAUGGUGAAUGCCUUUGCAGACAGAGCUGACUUCUCUGGAAUCUCUGUGGAGACCCAACUGAAGGUGUCCAAGAUUUCCCACAAGGCUGUGCUGACUGUUGACGAAACCGGCACUGAUGCAGCCGCUGGCACCACCAUUGAAAUCAUGCCCACGUCGCUGCCAGACACCAUGAACCUGAACAGGCCCUUCCUGGUGCUGAUUGUUGAAGACUCCACCAAGAGCAUCCUGUUCAUGGGGAAGAUAUCUGACCCCACAGCUAAGUAAUCUGACCAGUCACCUGGGAAGGUCACCUGACCACAGACAACCACCAGACAAGAUGUUCAGCUGUGGUGUUGUAGUACAGAACACAUCUGUAACUCUUAUAAAGUCAAGAAUCUAUUUACAUCAAGGAGUGUUGUGUACUUGCUCCUUGAAGUUGAGAGAAUAUGUGUGUACAUAACACAUUAAUCCCUGAACCAAUGAUGGCAACAUGUAAUUACUCUUCCUUCAGAUCGUUUGGCUUCACCUUAAUACUAACAUCCUGUACUAGUUUGUUGAUGAAAAGGAGAAUGUGUCAUCCUUCAGUACUUCUGCCACCUGCAUACCGGUACACGUAAUGCUCCUCCUCUGUGAAAUUUUUUGUUGGAUGAUAAAAGAUUAAAACUCAAA